CCUCAUUCCAUUCAAACCCCCUUUUUCUUCUCUCUCUAGACCUCCGCCGCUCUCGCACUAAACCCCCAUUUUCUCUCUCACCCUCGCAACCCCGCCAUGGCCGCACUCUGCCGCUCGAGACUAGCGGCGCACCCGAGGUGGCUGAGGACGUUCACCUCGAUUAGAGGUUACGGAUCAUCUGCGGCGGCGGCUCAGGUCCAGUACGACUACGACUACGACGACGACGAGGAGUUCGAGAGCGACGCGUGGCGUAAUCGGGACCGUACGAUUGGCGAGACGGAUGGAUCGGCGACGGGGAGGGGAGUGCAGUGGGUGAUAAUGGGGGACCCACUGGCGAUGAAGCACGUGUACGCCGAGAGGCUGUCGAAGCUCCUCCACGUGCCUCACAUUUCCAUGGGCACUCUCGUUCGUCAAGAGCUCCACCCUCUCUCCUCUCUCUACAAACAGAUUGCGAAUGCUGUGAACCAAGGGAAGCUUGUUCCAGAAGAUAUCAUUUUUGGUCUGUUGUCAAAGAGGUUGGAAGAAGGUUACUCCAGGGGGGAAACCGGGUUUAUUCUAGAUGGAAUUCCUCGCACGAGGAUCCAAGCUGAGAUCCUUGACCAAAUUGCUGAUAUUGAUUUAGUUGUUAAUUUCAAAUGCACGGAAGAUUGCUUGUUGAAUCAGCAUAUGAGAACUGGAAUUUAUUCUCCAGGAAAAGAAUUUCUCAGCAUGAGCAAGUCGGGGUAUCCAAGUUCUUCAAGUUCUGACGCAGAAGGUGCCUGGAAAGAUAAACUCAGUAUGCGUGCUGAGCAGAGCAAGCCAUUAGAAGAUUAUUAUCGGCAACAAAAGAAGCUCCUCGACUUUCAAGCGGCCGGUGCACCUGGAGAAACCUGGCAAGGUCUCUUGGCAGCAUUACAUCUUCAGCAUAUGAAUGCCAUCUCUUCUUCGCAGAAGCUGACUGCAUGAUUUCACACUAUGAUUUCUCAACUAGCUCCAUUCUUAUUCAUCUUGUGGUAUAAUACAUCAUAAUUGUGAGUGUAGCGUAGUUAGCUGGAGUUUUCCACAGUGAAUAGCUCCUGCUUAUUUUUGAGGACUUGAGGUUUUUUUCUUUCGUUUUUGUUUUCCAAGUGCAAUGUGUUUUUGUAUCUGUUUUGUAUCGUGGUUUCAGCAAGAAGCUGAACUGGAGAGAAGAAUAUUCUUGGCAUUGUUCCGAGCGUUAUAUAUGUCCGUUAAAACAAUUGAUCGAAA